GUUUUGGCGGAACGCAGAGGACGCACCUCCCUUCCGGGUCGCCGCUGCCGGGAGGGCCGCGCGGGGUCAGGCUGAUCGCGUGUCCCGAUCGCGUCUCCCUUCCCCGCCUGCCCGCCGCCCGGUCUCCCGGAGCCGGCCUCCCGCGCCACUUUCGCGGCCCGAGCGCCGGAGGCCCAGGCCCGCGGCCUUUGGCGGGGUCUGCGCCCGGCGGCGGAUGGGCGGCCGGGGCCCCAGCAUCAGCGUGCCCUGUGCCCUUUGAACUGGCCAAGACUGUUUCUGCCUCCUGCCUUUGCCUUCACUGCUCCCUCCCCGGGAUGUGCUCUGCCCAGCAUACCCCAGUCCAGCUGAUUUCAGUUAUUUAGAUCUCAGUCCAAAUAUCAUUCUGUCUGACAACCCAGCCUGUGGCAGCACUGCUUUGCUCCGGCUUAGCUACUGAGCGAGGCUGAGGUGAUGAGGCAGACGGGCACUGCGUCUGCUGCACAACAGUCUGUGCAGGCUGACCCGCUCGCCUGAGACCCAGACACCCUGUUACCCUCUGCUCCAUGACUUCUGCCUCAUGGUCCACAGUGGAUGCUACUGCUCCCACCACCACACCUACAAUUCCAGGCAGUGGGAAAGGAGGAGGACGUGCCCUGAAAAUCGGCACACCUUGCUGCUCAUACCCAGUUGGACGCAACUUGGUCACGUGGCCACAGCCAGCACGAAGGGAAGCUGGGAAAGUGGCCCUGCUUCUGGGAAGUCACGUGCCAGCUAGAGUCCACGGCUCUGGGCCAGCUGCUGGCAGGAUGGACACCCGGGACAUGGGGGCCAGCUCUCCUCCGCCUCUGGCGCCCAAUAUCAGCGUGCCGCACCGCUGCCUGCUGCUGCUCUACGAGGACAUCGGCACCUCGCGGGUCCGGUACUGGGACCUCCUGCUGCUCAUCCCCAAUGUGCUAUUUUUCAUCUUCCUGCUCUGGAAGCUUCCGUUUGCUCGGGCCAAGAUUCGAGUCACCUCCAGCCCCAUCUUUAUCACCUUUUAUAUCCUGGUGUUUGUGGUGGCGCUGGUGGGCAUUGCCCGGGCGGUGGUGUCCAUGACGGUCAGCACGUCAGACGCGGCCACGGUGGCUGACAAGAUCCUGUGGGAGAUCACGCGCUUCUUCCUGCUGGCCAUCGAGCUGAGCGUGGUCAUCCUGGGCCUGGCCUUCGGCCACCUGGAGAGCAAGUCCAGCAUCAAGCGGGUGCUGGCCAUCACCACGGUGCUGUCGCUGGCCUACUCCGUCACCCAGGGCACGCUGGAGAUCCUGUACCCCGACGCCCACCUGUCGGCCGAGGACUUCAACAUCUACGGGCACGGGGGCCGCCAGUUCUGGCUCGUCAGCUCCUGUUUCUUCUUCGUGGUCUACUCCCUGGUGGUCGUGCUCCCCAAGACCCAACUGAAGGAGCGCAUCUCCCUGCCGUCGCGGAGGAGCUUCUACGUGUACGCAGGCAUACUGGCGCUGCUCAACUUGGUGCAGGGGCUGGGGAGCGCGCUGCUGUGCGCCGACAUCAUCGAGGGGCUCUGCUGCGUGGACGCCACCACCUUCCUCUACUUCAGCUUCUUCGCGCCCCUCAUCUACGUGGCCUUCCUACGCGGCUUCUUCGGCUCGGAGCCCAAGAUUCUCUUCUCCUACAAAUGCCAAGUGGACGAGACCGAGGAGCCGGACAUGCACCUGCCCCAGCCCUAUGCGGUGGCCCGGCGGGAGGGCCCGGAGGCGGUCGGGGCGGCCAGCACGCAGUUUGACUCGGCUGGGGUGGCCUACCUGGACGACGUGGCCUCCCUGCCCUGCCACGCCGGCAGCAUCAACAGCGUGGAUAGUGAGCGCUGGAAGGCCAUCAACGCCUGACGCAGCCGCCCCGGGGGCGGGACCGCGGGGGACAGUGAGCACUGGAAGGCCAUCAAUGCCUAUCGCAGCUGCCCCAGGGGGCGGGACCACGGGGGACUGGCUGCAGGGGGGCUGGGGGAGGAGAGCCCCAGCGGAGCGGACGAGGGGCCCUGCCCACCCUCUGUCCUCACCUCUGUUCAGCCGGGGCCGCUCCCCCUCCCAGCUGCCCCUGCCCCGCUCAGGAACGCGGGCCCGAGUGUCCCAGGGCCGGCCGGCCGCCGCCUCCCUGCAGCCUGGGGCCCGGGACUGGACUGGCCUCCUCAUCUCCCACCCCAACCCCAGAGCCCGCGCCAGUGGGUGGACCGAAGUGUGUCUAUUUUCCUGAUCUGUUUUCUAAUAAAAAGGAGAAGGGCGAAGGUGGCGUG